GGCUGCAGGUUGUUUGCAUCACACUUGUCCGGUAGUCAAGCGACGUAACGUUUCCUGGGAACUGUUCUCUGGAGUUUUUGUGUAUCCGCAGCACAAUGUUGGAACAUUCCAAGCCCAGCCUUAGUGAGCCUCAGGCGUCUGAGCUGGUGCAGAGGGUUUUCAGCCUGACACCAUCAGAGGUUCGCCCUCUGCCCAGCUACGAGGACCAAAACUUCUAUGUGGCCACGGCAGAGGGUGGCGAGUACGUCUUGAAGAUAAUGAACUCGGAGGACAGCAAGGACCCCAACCUGAUUGAGGUGCAGACGUACGCCAUGUCCUUCCUGCACCAGAACGGGCUUCCUGCCCAAACAGCCCUGCCCACCGCUUCGGGAAAGCUCAUGAGUCUGGAAGAAAUGGACUUUGGCCACGGCUGUCAGAAGUUCAUGGUGCGGCUGUUGACUUAUCUGCCUGGAACCACAGUUUCCAAGCUUCAUUUAACGCCACAGUUAUUGUAUGAUAUUGGCAGCACAGCAGCCAGAAUGGAAAAAAUCCUGAAAGAGAUGACACACCCUCACCUCAGUGUGCUGCAGAGGGAGGGGUUCAAUGUGAGUCUGUCAAAUGUCCCUCUCCUGGAACGAUUCCUCUAUGUGUUGGAUGGAGACCCUCUUCAGGAGGUUAUGAAGUCUGUCAUUCAACAGUACAAGACCUCUGUGGUUGGAAAAUACCCUGAUUUUCGCAAGUGCAUUAACCACGGCGACUUCAAUGACCUCAAUGUGCUCAUGCAGCCUGAUGAGACUGACUGCUACAGGAUUUCUGGUAUCAUUGACUUUGGGGACUUGAACAGCGGCUACUACAUCCAUGAGUUAGCCAUCGCUAUCAUGCACAUGAUGUUAGAGCACCCUAACCCCAUUGAGGUGGGUGGACCUGUCCUUGCAGGCUGGGAAAGUGUCCUCCCCCUCAAUGAAGCGGAGAAAGAGUGUCUCUAUGUGCUGGUGAUGUGCCGCUUCUGCCAGUGUAUGCUGUUAGCUCGUUACGCCGUGACCUUGCAUCCAGAAAAUGAAGAGUAUUUGAUGAGUACAUCCAGGAAGGGCGUCGGAAUUCUCCGUGAACUCUGGGAGCUCGGGAAGAAGCAGGCAGAGAAGGCCUGGUUCCAAAGUGCUGCUCAGUUUGCUGACAAAAAGUAAGGAAUGUGUGAAGGAAGCCAUUCACAAAUUUCUAAGCACAAUAAGUUGAUUCCACUGAAGCUUUUGCGCAAGUGAAUGAAUUAUAAAAGCACAAGUUAAAACAAUAGAUUAGAAUAAGUGAGACAACUUGAAUAUAGAACCGAUUUGUUUUCAACAUAAACCAAGCUAGAAUAAUAUUCAGGCGAGUGCAUUCACCGCCAACUCAUCAUGAAACCACAAUGGAAUUCACUAGAUCUGGAUAUUUAUAUGGAUCUGCACCACAUUGCACACACACAUAAAUAUCAGUACCCUAAACAUGCCUGCAGUUUUUCAUCAAGAUCCAUGAAUUAUUUUCGGAGAAAUCAAAUGAAACGCUGAAAAAUCUCACGAUAAAAAGAAAAACAAAUCCCGCCCUCUCAAACAAAAUUUCAUUUAAAUCAGUUCAGUAGUUUUUUGUACAAUCCUUCAAAUGUAGAGGAAAACACAACCUCCUUGUUGGACAUAGACAUACAUUACCCAAAUAGAAAUACUGAAGUGUGUCUGAGUUAGAGAUGAGUAGAUUAACAAAAACUGCAAAAGGAAGUAUUGAUACUGUAUGUUAACAAUGGAUUAUAUACUGUAAAAGUAGCCAGCAACCAAACCAAUAGAGUGCGAUUACUAAAGCAUUUAGGGGAAAGUACUGAAUAGGGACGUUUAGGAUAUAACUGCAGAAGCAACUCACACCAAACCAUAGAGAAUCAGUCACGGUAUCUGACCAGAGGUUGGAUUUAAAGGUACAGUGUGUAGAAUGUAGUGACAUCUAGUGGCGAAGUUGCAUGUUGCAGCUAAAUAUCUCUCAGCUCACCCUCCCCUUCCAAACAUGAAAGAGAACCUGUGGAGGACCUGUAGUGGACCUUAAAAACAAGGAGGCCUCUGUCGAGAGGACCCGCUCCAGAUGUAGAUAUACAGUAUUUAUAUACAAAAGGCCCAUUCUAGGGUAAAUACAACAACAAUUCAUACAAUUUAGAUGAAACACACUAGUGAAAACAUCACUAGGAUUAUUUUAUACUAAACUUAUGCCAAUAGAUCCCUUUCACCUAAAUCUUACACACUCGACCUUAAAGAAACAUGUUCAGUAAGUUCCCAAGGUCUUCAGGGUUUAUACAUUUCUAUGUACUUGGGUUUAUACAUUUCUAUGUGCUUGGGUUUAUACAUUUCUAUGUGCUUGGGUUUAUACAUUUCUAUGUACUUGGGUUUAUACAUUUCUAUGUGCUUGGGUUUAUACAUUUCUAUGUACUUGGGUUUAUGCAUUUCUAUGUACUUGGGUUUAUACAUUUCUAUGUACUUGGGUUUAUACAUUUCUAUGUGCUUUGGUUUAUACAUUUCUAUGUAUGUGCUUGUGUAACAGAAUAUUCCUCUGUAUGGUAACCGGUUGCUUAAAUGGACCUUGGACUGUUUUUAUUACCUGGGACUCAGCCAGAGAUGAUGUAGGUGGGAAAUUGUCAUUGUAUGUUUAUAAGUAAGUAAGGCCGUUUAGAAUAUUCUGUGGUAGUAAAAGUUCCUGUCCACAUCCAGAAAGAAACAGGGUCUGAUUCUCUAUAUCUGGCCCAGUUAAUGUGAUCUGUGUUUGAUGAGGAGAAUGUUCAGGCCACAUCUUAUGCCUUUAAUUAGUAACAGAAACUUCUGGAUUCUGGAAGUGUACUGAUGGGAUACAUGGACGCAAUGUACAGUAUUCAUAUGUCCCUUUUAACCACUAAAAUCAGUCAGUACAUUGAGCAUCCAUUAUGUUGAAGGAAUCAAACAGUCAACAGACACGACUCCUCUGCAACAAACUUUGUGCCUUCAGAACAAAGUUGAAUCUGGUUUACCAAAGACAAAUUUAAUGCUCUGGAGCUUUUACACUAUUCCAAUGAUCUCUAUAAACAAGAGCAUUUCUUACAGUUUUUAAUAUGUUUAGUUAUAAUUAAAUGUUAUAACUUUACCUGUUUCUCACCACAAACUGAACUGCAAACUGAAAAGCUUGAGAUUGUAAAUUUCAAUCUUUGAUUCCGAUCUGUGUAUAUAUAUGAAGUAGUGUGGAUACUGCCGUACAGAUAUUCUGAAGCGAUUGUAUCAAUGAUUGUUUAACCUAUAAAAAAGAGUCAUGAUGAAUAAUUUGAAAAGUGUAAACAUGUUUGAAGUGAGAUGGUUGAUUGGAUGUGAAUUUUGAUGGAAACUCCUUUUUGUAGAAUCACUAUUGUUGAGAUUUUUGGACGAUGUGCACUGAAUGUUUUUCUUCACAAUCCAAGAACGUUGUGAGUAAAACUAAUAUCAUUAUAUGGACAGAUUUCUUAUUAGUUGUUUUCGCACUUGAAUCAACUCUUCGCUUCUGCAAAUAUUAAAUAAAGUAUACCACCUGCAUUCAAAGUGAA